CAGCAUUGACCCAUACCAACCGCAGGCGAGCUGGGUUGUGACCGGCUGCUUUCUGCUUAAAAAGGCCAAAAAGUCCCAUUACUCCGGCGUCACCUUCCAAACAACGAGAACGCAUCCCAACACAAUCAAGUCACCUCCCCUCACCGUCGCUCUGUCUCGACUGCCGCAUCCUCUCCGACUCCAAACUCAUUCUCCGAUUUCAGGAUUAGAUUUCAGUGAGUCCGAGUAAUAAUGGCUAUGUAUGUCGUAUCUCGGCGGCUCUCAGGCGGAUCAGGAUCCACUACUUCCCAGCUUCUUGGAACCCUCCGGUAUGCUACUUGCUGGCGAUCCUACUCGAGGUCGUUCAGGGAGGAAAAAGACACUUUCGGUCCCAUCCUUGUUCCUAAUGAUAAGUUAUGGGGAGCACAAACUCAGAGAUCGUUGCAGAACUUUGAAAUCGGCGGUGAGCGUGAACGGAUGCCGGAACCUAUUAUUCGUGCCUUUGGCAUACUCAAGAAAUGUGCUGCCAAGGUGAACAUGGAAUAUGGUCUUGAUCCAUCCAUUGGAAAGGCCAUAAUGCAAGCAGCACAAGAAGUUGCUGAGGGGAAGCUAAGUGAUCACUUUCCCCUUGUGGUCUGGCAAACUGGAAGUGGCACUCAGAGUAACAUGAAUGCCAAUGAGGUCAUUGCUAAUAGGGCUGCUGAGAUCCUUGGCCAUAAGCGUGGUGGGAAAUUUGUGCACCCAAAUGACCACGUGAACAGAUCUCAAUCUUCUAAUGAUACAUUCCCAACUGUAAUGCACAUUGCAGCUGCGACAGAAAUAAACUCAAGAUUAAUUCCAAACCUGAAAACUUUGCAUACUUCACUGCAUUCAAAGUCAGUUGAGUUCAAAGACAUUGUUAAAAUUGGACGCACUCACACCCAAGAUGCUACACCUUUGACUUUGGGACAAGAGUUUAGUGGCUAUACUACACAGGUUAAGUAUGGGAUUGAUCGGGUCUUGUGCACUCUUCCUCGUAUGUAUCAGCUAGCACAAGGUGGCACUGCUGUUGGAACUGGACUAAAUACAAAGAAAGGGUUUGAUGUAAAGAUAGCUGCUGCUGUAGCUGAGGAAACUAGCUUGCCAUUUGUCACUGCUGAAAACAAAUUUGAAGCAUUGGCUGCGCAUGAUGCUUUUGUUGAAACUAGUGGAGCCGUUAAUACUGUUGCUACUUCUCUGAUGAAGAUUGCCAAUGACAUUCGCUUAUUGGGAAGUGGUCCUCGAUGUGGACUUGGUGAACUAAUUCUUCCUGAAAAUGAGCCAGGCAGCAGCAUCAUGCCCGGGAAAGUGAAUCCCACCCAGUGUGAGGCUCUCACAAUGGUCUGUGCUCAGGUAAUGGGAAACCAUGUGGCCGUCACAGUGGGUGGAUCAAAUGGGCACUUUGAACUGAAUGUAUUCAAGCCAAUGAUUGCUAAUGCUCUUCUGCAUUCACUGAGAUUGCUAGGAGAUGCAUCUGCUUCCUUUGAAAAGAACUGUGUGAGAGGCAUACAAGCCAAUAAAGAAAGAAUUUCAAAAUUGCUGCAUGAGUCACUGAUGCUUGUCACAUCCUUGAAUCCUAAAAUUGGUUAUGACAAUGCUGCUGCAGUUGCCAAGAAGGCUCAUAAGGAGGGAACCACCCUGAAGGAGGCUGCAUUGAAGCUUGGAGUACUCACAAGUGAAGAAUUUGAUACGCUUGUGGUACCUGAGAAAAUGAUUGGUCCAUCUGACUGAGAAGCUUUUCGGAAUGACACAGUUCCUUGAAUCUGGUAUCAUCUUCUUAGGAUCUUGUUUAUUAACCACAUCGUGCUAUCGGUUGGAUUAGGAGAUAAAACCUAACAGUAGUUCUUAUAUUUUGAUCCAAACAAACAUUCUUGAGGUUUUCCUCUCUGCCUUUUGGCUUUUAUACGUCCUGGUUGCCAGAGAACAACGAUGCCCAUUUAUUGGCUAAUAACGGGAAAGCCUCCCUCAAUUUUUAAGAGAUGAUAGUCUCUUUGAACAAUUUACACAUUGAAUAAAGUCUCAGUUUAUGUUUAUUUCUGUUUAUAUGUUUUCACAUGCUUUUAGCUAGGCUAUCUGUUACUGUUAGAUUUGACCAUGUGCUUAGGCUUCCCAGCAUGGAAAUAAUAUUCAACCAGAUAU